UAUGCCAAAAAGUAUAUUAUAAUAUAGUUACCACAAUACAAAACAGAAAUGUUGAAAAUGGCUUCUUUUUCUCAUAUUGUGCAGCCCUAGAGCCAAAGGGACAUAAUGUAUGGUGGUUUGUUGUGCUGAUCUGUAUGAGUACGUACACAGAAAUGCAAACUGAGAUGUAUAUUAUCAUAUGUUUUUAAGAGUAUAGCAGUUAGAAAGACAUGCCUCUGUUCAAAGAAGAAUACAAACUCACCGUAAAUUAUUGCAUUCUUGCAUACAGUACAUAGUGUACAUGGGUUCGACUACAUCGUUAAAAAUGAAUACAGCCUUUAAAAAUAUUGGCUAAGAUGUUUUUCUUAUAGUGGUGCUUUAUUCAAUCAUCUUUAAAGGCACAUUUUAUUAUACUUUCUUUACAAAAACCUGGCUCUGAGUUGCCUUUAGUGAACUAGUGCUAUACAUAAAAAAUUGGUCAAAUAUCAUCUCUUUUGAUUUCCUGAGGACCUCAGCAACAGGUCAAGUGAAUAUUGGGUCAGUUGACCUUGUAUUAUUUCAAGCCGUUUGUUAUUAUCACAUGUAGUUAUGCAUGUAGGUCUAUAUGAUCUAUAAAAUAUGGACAAUAUUAAGUGUCAUAAGACACAACACCUUUUUAAUCUCAUGCUUUGGGUAUCCGUCUCUGACCCUGUUACUCAUCCACUUAAGAUGAACUUAUGAGCUCAAAUACAAAGCAAGGUCACCUUUUAAAUGAAUACUUAUAAGGCACAAUAGCUCGAUUGCUCAUCACAUUCACUGACUGUCGAACAAUGUAGACCAUAGGCACUUAAGAUAUUUAGGAAAAUGAGAAGUGUAAUGACCACUUUAUUUGAAUGAACAAAAAUUCAAGCACCCCACUUACUGAUACACCUUAAGAGGGUUUCUGAUUACCUUAAAGUGCAUUAUAGUAAUUUGUUUCUUAUGAUUCAAAAAUCUUUAAAAAGAAAAAAAUAAUAAUGAUGUGUUAGGACUGAACAUGGGGAAUCACUCUUCCUGAAGAUGUGAAACAUCUCUCUCUAAUGUCCUGACUCCUGACAGACCAUCAUUUGUUGUUUAGGUUUGUGCCAUACAUUGGAAUUGUCACCAUUCUCAUGAAUGACUAUCCCAAAUUUAAAUAUGCUGUUCUCUUCAUGCUGGGACUGUUUGUGUUGGUCCAUCGAGAAUGAGGUGCCUCCUAAAGAGACAGAGAAUACAACGUCCAGCAAGUUCCACUUAAUGCUUUUCAGAAACUUAUUUAAGUUACAUUUGUCACAUUCAACUGCUUUUUGUACUAUUAGUUGAAUGUUUUAUAGAGAUGUAAGUGUCUGUGUUAACAUGACAAUAAAUCUCAACUUCAAAAGAUUUUUGUGGUAAAAAUUGGUUAGGAUUGGGUCACAUUUUUUCCUCUUUGUAUGAGAGCAUUCUAUCCUGUUGAAAUAAUUGUCUUUGAGCAAUAAAUGUGACCCAUUUUUAUGUUAACAAAUACAAAUGUUACAAAAAUAAAAUAUUUAGCCUUGUCCCUUUUAAUGAGAUGUGAUGCAUACUUUUUGUAGUUUCCUAUUAUAACAUUAUAACGUUCUAACAUUUUGUAAUUACAAAGAAUGGGCCAGUCUUUGCACUAAACAAAUGGCCUUGUGUGCGUGAUCUGGCACAGGAAUUGGUAAAUUUGAUAAUUUGAAAGGUUUGAGGAGUCCUGUGUAGAGAGUCUGUUGAAAUAGGGAAAGGCUGGCAACAGUGACACCCGGACACAUUCCAGUAGCUACUGGAAUUGGGUAGAUCUUCUAUUUUAGAACCCAUGAAUGAUAGUUUAGAGCCACAACAUCACUCUACACUGUAGAUCAUCACUCUACACUGAGUGAUGUGGCUCUAAACUAUAAUUAUUAAACUAUCAUAUUAAACUAUCAUCUAAACUACAGAUAUCUUUAUCUUAAAGUGACAUUUUGUAGCAAUUGGAACUAAUUCCAUAUACGUGUGAAUAUCAAAGGUUAUGAGAAGCACAAUACAACGGCACAUCUGGUAGCUUGCAACUUUAUCACUCUGAAGUGACAAAGAAGCGCCAUGUCCUAUCAGCUCUAAAUUAGCCACAAGAACCAACAGGUUUCUGCAUCCUCCAAGGAUUGAUGGAGAGCACAGCAGCAUGCUGCAACUGGCCAAAUGUCAUGUGGCUGCUCGAGGAGCGGGGAUCAGGGAUUCAAGAUGGAAAUGUCUUAACAUGGACAUGUAGCAUAGGCAACACAAUUAGGAAUUGUAUUUUGCAGACGCAAAAAAUUUAAUUGGGACUAUAAAAAAUACUUAAACAAUUCAAUUUUCCAAAGUUAAAUUCGAGGCUAAAACUGUUCAUCCUUUAAAGUCUCCAAGUGGUUUGCAACAAUUUGCAAGAAUUCUACCAAGAGACCUAUCAUAUCUAUUAUACAUAAUAAUAAUAUUGUAGCCUAUUAUAAUCCACUUUACUUUAAUAAUAAGUCUAUUUAACUUGUUAGCCAUCUGUCAAUAAACUGUGUGACUCAUGUCCGUGACAAUGUAGCCUAGCACUAAACCACGCAGCCCACCCCUGUGUAAAUUCUGCCCGUAUAAAAGCUAGGGGCGCCUUUGCGCGGCACACUUGGAUUGGUGCGCCCUAGAGGACGGAUCUGGAUUGCGCGCAAUAAUGAAAGGCAUUACACUCCAUAACGUUUGCCAUUGCGGCUUAUUUGCUUACCUUGUAGUAUUAUCGUUUAUGCCUAUUACCGCCGCUGUCAGUUUUGACCUGACAGAGCUCAGGAAUAAAGUGGCAAAGAUCAAAGUGAAUCCAAGAGGAAACCUGUGGGCAACUGGCCAUUUUAUGGGUAAGAAAAGCGUAGUGGAUACCCCACUGCUGCCCUCGCAGAGUCUGGAUGCGCUUGAUAUGUCACUACCUGCGGAGCAGAGCGCGCUGGCGCAGCUAUUUCAAGAAUUUCUGCGGAUGGCGUUAGAAACGCAGAUGGAGACGCAGGAGACGCAAGAAACUCGCUCAAAAGAUUUGGAGACCAAUUUGUUAAUGGAAAUUUUACAAAGUUAUUUGCAAAAAAGAAAAUGAUGAGAAGCACCCAGCACGCUGCAUGGAGAAGGAUUUUCUUGUGUUUUCAAGGAGAUUAAUGAAUCUAAAAUCUACAGUUCCAGCUUUUUAUUACUGUACUUUGUCUAUUUAAAUUGUCACAUAAGCCACGUGUCUGUUGCAAUAGUUUAUUCAUGAUUAGUUUACAUUAUAGUAAUAAAAUUAUUUGCACCAC